AUGGACAUAAGACAAUUUUUUAAUAAAAAACGUGCUAUUAACUCUGUACCUGAUACAUCGGGCAGUAAUUCCAAAAGUCAGAAAAAUGCUGAUGGGUCAACCAAUUUAUCCAGUUUAACCAGCAGUUCAGCUCCAGAUCUAGCACCAAAAGGUGAGGAUAUAAAACAAAUAAUACUAGCUAAUUAUCCCAAACAAGAAAAUAACCGGUCUUUUCAAGUUAACUGGUAUAAGAGAUUUUUGUGGCUAGAAUAUUCCCAAGAGCUAAAUGCUGCAUUUUGUUAUGCAUGUCUUCAGUUCCAACCAAAUGGAAGCAAAGGACACACGGUGUAUACCUAUUCCGGAUUUAGUAACUGGAAAAAUGCAACAGAUCUUAAAAAUGGAUUUCCAGCGCAUGAAAAAACAGCAGUUCACAUUAAAGCUAUGCAAAUGUGGAACGAGAAAAAAAUCAGAGACUUAACUGGCACUGCUGUGUCUACGCUUAUCAAUAGUGAUAUUUUGCAAAAAUACAGAUAUUAUGUUAAGUCGAUUGCUGAGAUAAUUCAGUUUUUAACAGUAAAUAAACUAGCUCUUCGGGGAAAAUUAAAAAAAUUGGCCGAAUGUCUUCCACAUAUUCCUCAAAAUGCUAAGUAUACAUCUCCUGAUAUUCAAAAUGAGAUAAUAGCUAUUUUAGCUGAAAUGGUACGUGAACAAGUUGUUGGUGAUCUAAAAACUGCAGAUGUACCAUGGUUUACAUUACAUGAAGAUGGCACAAGAGAUAAAAACAACAGAGAAAAUGCCAAAACUUUCACAAAUAUGACACUUAAUAUUCUUAAUGAUAAUGGAAUAGAUACAAAACACCUUCUUAGCCAAUGUUAUGACGGUGCUAGUGUUAUGAGCGGCCAUAAGGGGGGAGUAGCUGCUUUAAUCCAAAAAUCAUUAGGACGUUUUAUUCCAUACGUACAUUGCUUUAACCAUCGUCUCCAUCUUGUAGUUGUGCGAACUAUUUCAGAAAUAGAUUCAAUUAAACACUUCUUUGACCAAGCUGUUAUGUUACAUGAAUUUUUUGGACAUGGAAAAGUGGCUGCUAUUUAUCGGGGAAAGUCUAUUGGUAGACUAUUGGAGCAGCGCUGGUCUGGGCAUAUAGCAAUUGUUAAAGUUAUAUUUUCAAACUACACUGAAAUAUUAAGAUCAUUGGAUGAAUUUAAAAAUAAUCGGUCAUUUAUCUGUUGGUCUGUGUAUUUAUCAGUCAAAUCUGUUAGGAUUAAAUCAGUUAUGUUGGAAUACGACUUUAGAUUCACCCUUGUUUUUAUGAAGAAAUUACUUGGGCUCUUAGAACCUGCCGAUUCAGCUUUACAAGCUCGUACAAUUAGUCUAAAGGAAGCCAAUGAAAUUAUUAAGUCAGUAAAAAAUAAAAUUCGAGAUCUAAGAACAAAUGAGACUUAUCAAAGUUUAGCCAAUGAAGCUUCACAACUUUUAAAGGAUACGGAAGCAAUACCAACUGAAAAGAGAGUACCAAAGUUAAGCGUAACUAUGAAGGAAUAUCUGUUAAUGGAAAAACUGCUGUCUGAAAUGUCUAAUAAACCAAAUGCCAGUAAAAGUGGCACUGAAGCCGAAUUUUUUGAGUCCUUGGACCUUGUAUUAUCCCUAUUAAACGAGAGGUUCUCUGACAAUGAUGAACUAAUUACUGCAAUAAGUAGCAUUGAGCUUUUUGAUCUGGAGAAAAUCAAAUAUCUGGAAAAGUUGGGGAUUUCACUACCAACUCUGGAGGAGUUGGCAGUAGUCAAGGAUUACAUGCACAAUAAACCAAAGUCAGAUAUUUUUGCUAAAUUAUAUAAACAAAGGGAAGUAUUUAAAAAUACAUAA